ACGGCACUCUGAGUCUUUCGUCAUCCGGAUCCGCAUUGGCGAGGCUGCGAGUGCGAGUGGUGAGUGGGAGAAGGAGAAGAUGGCGAUCAUGGCGAAGCUCAGGGUAUUCGUCAUCCAAGAGCCCGUCGUUGCGGCCUCCUGCCUCAUCGCUGGCUUCGGUCUUUUUCUUCCUGCUGUGGUUAGGCCUAUCCUGGACUCCUUGGAAACAUCCCAGCAAGCUCCUCGACCAGCUCUAAGUGGUGUUGUUGAUGGUAGGACUGCCAAGAAAGGUGACUAAAUUUGAGAUCGGGUAUGAUAAAUCCAUUCUGUAGUUCUCGCUUUCAUUUUUUCUAUUAAAAGUCUAUGAAGCGAACAUCAUGAAAAAUAAAACUGUUGUAUGAGUUACUGUGUUAUUAACGAAAAAAGUAUUUAUGCCAUUACGCUUAGUGCAA